GCUCCGCCCGAUCACGGAGGGCGCCCGCUCGGCCGCGCCAGGCGCCCAGCCCUCCGCACCAGCUCCCGGCUGCGCCCCCACGGCGGGGCCCUAGGGCUGCGCACUCGGCGCUCGUUCCCAGGCCGUCAGGCCGGUGCUGCCUGUCUGUCAGUCCGUCCGCGACCGCGUCUGCUCCCGGCGCCAUGCCCUUCCUCGGACAGGACUGGCGGUCCCCGGGGCAAAGCUGGGUGAAGACGGCGGACGGCUGGAAGCGCUUCCUGGAUGAGAAGAGCGGCAGCUUCGUGAGCGAUCUCAGCAGUUACUGCAACAAGGAGGUAUAUAACAAGGAGAACCUCUUCAACAGCCUCAACUAUGAUGUUGCUGCCAAGAAGAGAAAGAAGGACAUACAGAAUAGCAAAACCAAAACUCAAUAUUUCCACCAAGAAAAAUGGAUCUAUGUUCAUAAAGGAAGUACAAAAGAGCGCCAUGGAUAUUGUACUUUGGGGGAAGCUUUCAACAGAUUGGACUUCUCCACUGCCAUUCUGGAUUCCAGAAGGUUCAACUAUGUAGUACGGCUGUUGGAACUGAUAGCAAAGUCACAGCUCACAUCCCUGAGUGGCAUUGCUCAAAAGAACUUCAUGAACAUUUUGGAAAAAGUGGUACUAAAAGUUCUUGAAGACCAACAAAACAUUAGACUUAUAAGGGAGCUACUGCAGACCCUCUACACCUCCCUCUGCACAUUGGUCCAAAGAGUGGGCAAGUCUGUGCUGGUGGGAAACAUCAACAUGUGGGUGUAUCGGAUGGAGACCAUUCUACACUGGCAGCAACAGCUGAACAACAUCCAGAUCACCAGGCCUGCCUUCAAAGGCCUCACCUUCACUGACCUGCCUUUAUGCUUACAACUGAAUAUCUUGCAAAGGUUGAGUGACGGACGGGACCUGGUCAGCCUUGGCCAGGUGGCCCCAGACCUGCAUGUGCUCAGUGAGGACAGGCUGCUGUGGAAGAAACUCUGCCAGUACCACUUCUCUGAGCGGCAGAUCCGCAAGCGAUUAAUUUUGUCAGACAAAGGGCAGCUGGAUUGGAAGAAGAUGUAUUUUAAGCUUAUCCGAUGUUAUCCAAGGAAAGAGCAAUAUGGAGACACCCUGCAGCUUUGCAAACACUGCCAUAUCCUUUCCUGGAAGGGCACUGACCAUCCUUGCACAGCCAACAACCCAGAGAGCUGCUCUGUUUCACUUUCACCCCAGGACUUUAUCAACUUGUUCAAAUUCUGAAUCCCAACACAUGACAACACUCCACAAGGGGCCCUGCUGAUUGGAUGGCUGGUAGUUUGGACACUUCAUUUGUAAAUAGUGUACAUUUUAGACAUUGGCUCGAAACUUGGGCGAUAAGCCAUUUAGUGGACGUUGGAAGGGAAAGACGCAGUUGCCGUUGGGAAUUUUUAAAUGUGAACUUCACAUUAGGACUGAUAUGGAAAAGCAGAAAUAGUGUAAAUAAACUCUUUUCUUUUUCCUAACAAUUUGCCAGUGAGACUAUAAGGGCAAGAAUUCUGUGAACUGUGAAAAAUGGAAUUCUCUUGAUGUGUAUGGAAACUCCUUUAUAAAUUCCCUGAGAAGAAAAAGGCAAAACUCAUAUUACAAGAUUGAACAUUCUCUGUUUACAAUGUGAAAAAAGAAGAAGAAAAACUACAUAGGAAAACUCUUUGGGCUUUUUAUUUUCAUUUGGGGCUUGUUUUUGAAAAGGCAAAGAAGUACCACCCACCCACUACCUGCAUGAACAUAAGGGCCUUAUCCUACAAAGAUGCCACACAAUAGUCUACCUCUAAAAAGCAUAGAGUGUUCCCUCAACAGCACGCAUUAUCCAGUAGGCAGUGUCUUGUUUCUUGUAAGUUUAUUCACCACAAUAAAAAGUGAUUUAAAAUAGAAAGGGUAUUUGAAGCAACCCUCAUCUUGUUUCAGACUUCCUUUUUAGGCAAACAGGGGCCUCUUUGGAGUUCCCUUUGUCCUAGAAAAAUCUCCAAGUACCUGUGCCUUUUUUUCCCCUUUUCUGAUGUAGAUCCUGUAGGGAAACAGAAAGCCAAUUAAGGAAAGUCUCAGCCAAAGUUGUGGCAAA